AUGAAUUUCUGGCAUGGUAAAAAAACACAAAAAAGUAAUCGCGCAAGAACAAGCCAACGUCCUUUAUUCCUUUCCCCUCCUUUUAUUGAUGCUUCUCUAGUAGAUGGAAGUUUUAAAAAAAUUGUUGUUUUACCAAAAUAUGUGGAUGAAGAUGAGUGGCUGGCUGUAAAUGUCUUUGAAUUUUUUACUUAUCUUAAUAUGUUCUAUGGAACGGUUACCGAUUUCUGUACACCCACUAAUUGCCCUACUAUGAGUGCUGGUCCAAA